UCCUUUCAUCUGCCAGCUAAUUAUUGGCCUUUGCAAGGGGCGCUUCAUUGUUAGCACCGUGUUAGCCUCGUCGGAGCAACGAGCUACACAGUCAAGUUUUCUUUCUUUUUUCAUUGUUAAAGUGUUUUUGUUCUCUUGUGUGCCCUUAUCAAAACGUUGUCUUUUUUGUCUUCAGUCUGACACGGGUGGGCAGCAAAAACAGGCAACUAUUUUAACACGCAUUGUUCUUGGCUUUCUUGUUUUUAAGUAAAAAGCAACUCGGUUAACUUUGAGGAAACCCCUUCAUAUAACUUAAUGCCGAGGCUGUCUUGACCUGGCGGGAUACUUUAACUCCAUCAACUCAAUAAGCAUUUAAACGGAUAUUGUGAUAUUUCACGAUACUGCCAGAAAGUGAAGUUAUUUCAUUAUUAUACUAUAUUGGGUCUUCUUUGGUGAAACGAUGGCUUCCUCCUCUGGAAACGAUGACGACCUCACCAUCCCUAGAGCAGCCAUCAACAAGAUGAUUAAAGAAACUCUUCCUAAUGUCCGAGUAGCCAACGACGCCAGGGAGCUGGUGGUUAACUGCUGCACGGAGUUCAUCCACCUGAUUUCAUCCGAAGCCAAUGAAAUAUGCAACAAAUCAGACAAGAAGACCAUCUCUCCCGAGCAUGUCAUCAAUGCCCUUGACAGCCUUGGUUUCGGAUCGUACAUCACAGAGGUGAAAGACGUCUUGCAAGAGUGUAAAACUGUUGCUCUGAAAAGGAGGAAGGCCAGCUCUCGAUUAGAGAAUCUGGGUAUUCCUGAAGAGGAGCUCCUGAGACAACAACAGGAAUUAUUUGCCAAGGCCCGGCAGCAGCAGGCAGAGCUGGCCCAGCAGGAGUGGUUGCAGAUGCAGCAGGCGGCCCAGCAGGCACAGAUGGCAGCAUCUGCAAGUGCAGCUCAACAGGCUGGGUCCUCCCAGGAUGAAGAUGAGGAGGAUGACAUGUGAUUUUAGGAUACCAUUUGAUUUGUCCAGAUUUCUUGAUACCCUGUUUACAUUCAAAUCUCCCAGUACAGUCAUUGGCAGAGACAUGAAAUGUAUUUGACUGCUUCAAGUUGCAGAUUUACAAUGAAUGUUGAAGAAAAGGAAGAGGGGGGGGGGGGGGCUUUAUCCUCACAUCCACACAGCUGAAAAUGAUUUUGAUUGAUUAACCUUUUGUUCCCCUUUUUUCUAAUUGUUUUCAGAUUAUGUUGUGUGUUUUUUUGUAGAUUUCUGCAUGUAAUUUGAAUUGACUGAAGGCAGGUGUUGUAUUGUGUUUGGUGAUGACAUAAAAACUCUACCCCUUAAAUUACUACACCAAAUGAUUUGUAAUUCUCAGAACUCUUUCACAUUGAGUGAUAUUGGAGGCUUGCUCUCAAUUUAUUCCGGGGCAUGUGGAUUUUCAGUUACUACCUACUUUGUUAAAGUGGACUAUACGAGAAACUGUUUCUGUUGAAUUCAAUUUGUUUUCUAGAAAAGAAAAAUGUAAAUUUAGAUCAUUUGGAUACUUUGAGUUUUUUCUCCCUAGAAACACCCACAGUAUUUGUAAUCAGCUAUACCUUUUGAGAAACUGAAUGUUUCUCUUAUAUCACCAAAGACAGUGGACAAGCUAACCCCAGCAUUUGUUUUUGAAGGUGUAUGCUGUGCCAAUUUUCAUUGACUCCAAAUCAAUGUACACAACAUUAAGUUGAUUAACCAAGAUCUUUAUAAGAUGCGUUCAUAUACAGGCUAAAUUUAUUUCCUCUGUCAGCACAGCAUCAAAACAUUUACAGCAUGAUUUUGGUCAAUCCUCAGUGUCAAAACAUGCAAUAUAUUGUGAUACACAUUCACUUGCCUAUACUGCAAAGUUGUAUUCUUUCAGCAAUAAAGAAUUGUUUUUAUAGACAA